AUGGGAACAAAAGGAAAGGGGUCUACAAUGGCCUCUCUUAUUGCCACUGUUCUAAUGGUGAUAGUCUCUCUCAGCCUGCCAUCGGAAACCACAGCAAACUACCAUUACGUUUCUCCUCCACCACCACCACCAAAGAAAUACCCUCCACCACCAUCUCCUCCUUACCACUACAAAUCACCACCACCACCACCGCCAGUUCAUAAGUCUCCACCACCACCUCCACCCAAAAAACCUUACAUUUACAAGUCCCCUCCUCCACCACCACCACACAAGAAACCGUACGUGUACAAGUCUCCUCCUCCACCACCUCCAGUCCACAAGUCCCCUCCACCACCACCACCCAAGGAACCAUACGUGUACAAGUCUCCUCCUCCACCACCUCCAGUCCACAAGUCUCCUCCACCACCACCACCCAAGGAACCAUACAAGUACAAAUCUCCUCCACCACCACCUCCAGUCCACAAGUCUCCCCCGCCACCACCACCCUACAAGAAACCUUACAAUACUUUUAAGGAAAGAUAA